AUGAAGAGCGUGGUGACGACUGGAGAGUCAGUGACAGCCCGGAGAAACGGCAACCGGGGCAGAACGGGGGGGGAGGAUGAGCACCCCAGUCGGACGGACACAACGGCUACAGACCCAGGCAACGGACAAUCGACUUUGAGUAAAACGUGUACAUGCGGCAAAGUCUGCAAGAACAUCCAUGGCUUGAAGAUCCACCGAGCGAGGAUGAAGUGCCCGUUGGGAGCAGAAACAACACAACGCACAGGUGUCACACCUGGUGAGACGCAGGAGGUGCCAGGCCCGGAGUCACCCCACAGUGCCCAGAACCUCCACGUGUUGCAAACUAAUCCCUCGAGCAUCAAGUCUGAAACGAGGCGGAUCAAAUGGCCUGCAGCUAGCAUGACCUCUCUCUGGAAGCAAUUCGACGACGAUGUCGACCAAAUUCUGGAGGCUAUGGCGAAGGGACACGCCGACGGGAAGCUACAAGCUAUGACAGCAGUCAUUGUCAGCUUCGCAGCAGAAAGGUUUGGCGAGGAGGAGAAGAAAAGCCCAGGAACAACGUACGCAAAGAAUCAAAGAGCGGUAAGGAUCCACAACAUCAGGCAGGAGAUGAAAACGCUGAAGUCCCAGUACAAGGCGGCAGGACAAGAGGAACGCACUGGCCUGGCCCAGCUAAUGUGCAUCCUACGGAAAAAAUUAGUUCUCCGCCGUGCAGAGUGGCACCGGAGGCGGCGACGCGAGAGGGCACGGAAGCGUGCUGCUUUCAUCGCUAACCCCUUCAAGUUCACGAAGGAUAUGCUGGGGUGGAAGCGGAGUGGCAAUCUGGUCUCCUCGCAGGAAAUCAUAAACCAACAUCUGAAGCAGACGUACAGCGACCCCGCAAGAGAGCAGGAGCUGGGAGAAUGCAACAUCCUCAUAGACCCCCCUAAACCUGAAGAGCAGUUCGACAUGUCGGAGCUGCAGCUAAAGGAAGUCAGGGAGGUUGUCCGCAGAGCAAGGGCGAGCUCUGCUCCAGGACCGAGUGGCACUUCAUACAAAGUGUACAAGAACUGUCCCAAACUCCUGCUGCGUCUGUGGACAAUCCUGCGAGUCUUCUGGAGAAGGGGAAGGAUCCCUGAACAAUGGAGAAUGGCUGAAGGGGUAUGGAUCCCGAAGGAGGAAAACUCCACUCAGCUAGACCAGUUCCGCAUCAUCUCCCUGCUGUGUGUUGAGGCAAAGGUUUUCUUCAGUGCUGUUUCCAAGCGGCUGUGUACCUACCUGGCAAAGAACUCCUACAUCGAUACAUCUGUCCAGAAAGGUGGCAUCUCAGGAAUUUCAGGAUGUUUGGAACAUACCGGUGUGGUCACACAGCUUAUUCGGGAGGCCAGAGAGAACAAAGGUAACCUAUCAGUGCUGUGGCUUGACCUGGCAAAUGCAUUCGGCUCCAUUCCACACAAGCUCGUCCAGCUCACUCUGACAAAGCAUCAUGUACCCAGCAGAUGCAGAGAUCUCAUCGCUGAUUAUUACAGCAAUUUCAGGAUGAGGAUCUCUUCAGGAGCAAUGACAUCCAGUUGGCACAAGGUGGAGAUCGGCAUCAUCACAGGGUGUACUAUCUCUGUGACACUGUUCUCGCUAGCCAUGAACAUGCUCACAAAAUCUGCUGAGCCAGAGUGCAGAGGGCCCCGCACGAACUCCGGACAACGGCAACCACCCAUCAGGGCAUUCAUGGAUGACCUCACAGUCACGACAGAAUCAGUCCCAGGCUGCCGGUGGAUUCUGAAGGGUCUUGAAAAGCUGGUGGCGUGGGCCCGGAUGCGUUUCAAACCCGCCAAAUCAAGAUCUAUGGUGCUAAGGAAAGGGAAGGUGGAAAACAAGUUCCAGUUCACCAUCUCAGGCACAGCCAUUCCAUCAAUCUCAGAGAAGCCGGUCAAGAGCCUAGGGAAGGUUUUCGACUGCUCUCUGAGAGACACAAAAUCUAUCCAGGCGACAUGCACGGAGUUGGAUGGCUGGCUGAAAUCAGUGGACAAGUCAGGCCUACCGGGGAAGUUUAAAGCCUGGGUAUACCAGCACGGCAUUCUUCCCAGGAUCCUGUGGCCCCUCCUGGUCUACUCCGUCCCCAUCUCGACAGUUGAGACCUUAGAGAGGAAGGUCAGCAGCCACCUCCGGAGAUGGCUGCGGCAAAGGCAGAGGCAGCAGCAGCACCAGGGCCACGGUUAA